UGUUGACUAUUCUGCUGUAAUUUGGUGAUGUAUCCGCGAGCUGGCUGCCUCUCGGAAGCUAGUGCGCCGUCAUCGCCUCGCUAGCAGGCUGGCAGGCUUGGAGGACGAAACCCGUUGUUGGGGGAAUGCGAAUUCUAAUGCUAUUACGGGAGAUCUGUGCAUAAGAAAGAAGAAAAAGCCCCACUGUGAUGUUUUUAUCCUCUUCAUGCUAAACCGACGAGGGAACGGGGAAAAGGGACUGCAACCCUGUGAAGUUCACCUGCCAGAAUAACGAUACUGAGGAGUCCAGUCUUCAUGAAAAUGGCCAUCGUGCGGCAGUUUGGACUCUUGGUCUGGAAAAACUACCUUCACCAGAAACGUCAAAUCCUGGUAACGCUGGUGGAGAUCAUCUUGCCCCUGCUCUUCUCCGGUAUCCUCAUCGUGCUGCGCCAGAAGGUGCCUUUCAAGGACUUCCCCAAUGCCACCAUCUAUGAGAGCUUUGCGGUGGGCGCCUUGCCCAAAAUCUCCCUGAGGCACUUGCAGCUGGCCUACGUGCCGGCCAACUCCAGCGCCGUGCGGCAGGUGGCGGAGGACGUGCGACUCAACCUGGCCAUCGCCUCAGUGCAUGGCUUUGAGACGGAGAAGCACUUUGAGGACUAUGUGAGGAAUGACCCUCUGUCUAGAAAACUCCUGGCCGCUGUGGUUUUUGAGAAGCCCUGUUGUCACAAUGACGAGCCUUUGCCCCUUCAGGUCCGCUACCACCUGCGCUUCACCUUCACCCCUCGCAAUGCCCCACCCAAAGAAAAGUCGGAGCUGAACCCGAACAGUGACUUGGACUGGCACACGCUCAGCCUCUACCCGCUUUUUCAGCUGCCCGGCCCGAGAGAGCAAUACGACAAGCAUGGGGGAACACCUGGUUAUUUCCGUGAGGGAUUCCUGGCCGUGCAGCACGCCGUGGACCGAGCCAUCAUGCGCUCUUAUAACAGAACCGCGGCAGACUCGCUUCUGGGACAGACCAGAGUAGUCCUGUCCCGCUUUCCGUACCCACCUUUCAUAUAUGACGUCUUCAUCCUGGCCAUCCAGAACCAACUGCCCCUGCUGCUUGUGCUUAGCUUCACCUACAUGUCCCUCAACAUAGUCCGAGCCGUGGUGCAGGAGAAGGAACGGAAACUGAAGGAGUACAUGAGGAUGAUGGGACUCAGCAACUGGCUCCACUGGACUGCGUGGUUCCUUAUGUUUUUCCUGUUCCUCUCCAUCUCCGUCUUUUUCGUCACUCUGCUCCUCUGCAUCCAAGUUAGCCCGAAUGGAGCGGUCCUGAAUUACAGUGACCCCACGCUGGUCUUUGUCUUCCUUCUGAUAUUCAACGUGGCCACCAUCAACUUCUGCUUCAUGAUCAGUGCCUUCUUUUCCCGAGCCAACGUGGCAGCGGCGGCAGGCGGCUUCACAUAUUUCCUGAGCUAUCUGCCUUAUUUGUUCCUGUCACCGCGCUACGACCUACUCAGCUAUGCCCAGAAAGUGUCGGCCUGCCUUAUCUCCAACGUGGCCAUGGCCAUGGGAGCGCAGCUACUCGGGAUGUUUGAAGGCAAAGGCACGGGCAUCCAGUGGUGUAACUUGUUUGAUUCUGUGACCGUGGACGACGAUUUCUCGCUGGCCCAGGUGAUGGGCUUGCUGCUGUUUGACGCCGUACUCUACGGCCUUGUGGCCUGGUAUGUCGAGGCAGUUUUUCCCGGAGAGUAUGGCGUGCCGCUGCCUUCGUACUUCUUCGUACUGCCUUCCUAUUGGUGCAGCAGCCCUCGCAUGGCUCUGGUGAACGAGAAGGAGGAAGAGGAGGAUGCCGAAAAGGCUCUGAAAGGAGAGUUUAUCGAGGAGGAGCCAAACGGAGUUGUCUCUGGGGUUAAGAUAAAGCACCUUGCCAAGGAGUUCAAAGUGGGCAACAAAACCCGCAAGGCCGUGCGGGAUCUCACGCUGAACAUGUUUGAAGGGCAGAUCACGGUGUUGUUAGGUCACAACGGUGCCGGCAAGACCACCACGCUGUCGAUGUUGACAGGUCUGUUCCCCCCAACCAGCGGGAGGGCCUACAUCAACGGAUACGACAUCUGUCAGGAUAUGGCUCUGAUUCGACGCAGUCUCGGACUCUGUCCCCAGCAUGAUGUUCUAUUCGAUAAUCUGACCGUGACAGAGCAUCUGCUUUUCUAUGCGCAGCUGAAAGGCUUCUCCAAAGAAAAGAUUCCAGAGGAGGUGGACAGAAUAAUCUGCAUCCUCCAACUUGAAGACAAGCGACACGCUCGCUCCAAGACGCUGUCAGGCGGCAUGAAGAGAAAACUCUCCAUUGGCAUCGCCCUCAUUGGCGACUCCAAGGUGGUCAUGUUGGACGAGCCCACAUCUGGUAUGGACCCGUCGGCCCGACGCGCCACGUGGGAUCUUCUGCAGGGCGAGAAGAGCGGGCGCACCAUCCUCCUCACCACGCACUUCAUGGACGAGGCCGACCUGCUCGGCGACCGCAUCGCCAUCAUGGCCGGGGGGGAGCUGCAGUGCUGCGGCUCGCCACUUUUCCUCAAGAACAAAUACGGUGCUGGCUACCACAUGGUGAUCGUAAAAGAGGCCCUCUGCAACGUGUCCGAGAUCACCCGCCUCGUUCACCUGUACGUUCCGAACGCCACACUGGAGAGCAGCGCAGGGGCCGAGCUGUCUUACAUCCUCCCGAAGGAAAGCACCAGCAGGUUUGAGCUGCUGUUUGCCGAGCUGGAAAUGAACAGAGAGGAGUUGGGCAUCGCCAGCUACGGAGCAUCUGUUACCACAAUGGAGGAGGUGUUUCUCAGAGUGGGUAAAUUGGUGGAUUCCAGUUUGGACAUCCAGGCAAUCCAACUGCCCGCCCUGCAGUACCAGCACGAAAGACGCUCGCACGACUGGACGACGGACGACACCAGCAGCAUCAGCGGCAUGACCGACGUGACCGAUUUUACCGACAGCGGCACUCUCAUCUCCGAGGAUUGUUCCAACAUCAAACUGAACACGGGGGCAAGACUUUACCUGCAGCAGUUUUACGCCAUGUUCCUGAAGAGGGCAUUGUACAGCUGGAGAAACUGGAAAGUGAUGGUGGCCCAGUUUCUCAUCCCCUUGGUGUUCAUCGUGGUGGCGUUAAUGGUGGCGCGCACCCUUCCCAACCACAAGAACGCUCCUCAGCUGGGACUGGAGCUGCGUCGUUACGGCCCCACCAGGGUUCCCGUCGCCCUGCAGACAGGGGCGGGGGCCUUGGCCGCCGACCUGGCCACCGUUUACAGCUCACAGCUCCUCCAGCAGCACGGCCAGCUUGUCAACAUCACUGACUUUACCCAUUACAUACUGACCCAGGCAGAGGAAGAAGGCGGCAGCUUUAACGAGCUCUGCGUGGUGGGAGCCGCUUUCCGCGGCAGCAGCAAACACUUUGCCGAGGCGACGGCCUACUUCAACAACGAAGGCUACCACACGCCCGCCACGGCUCUCAUGAUGGUGGACAACGCUCUGUUCAGACUCCUCGCCGGGCCCAACGCUUCCAUCCACGCGGGGAACUACCCGAUGCCGCGCAACCUGUCUGAAGCUGCCCAGGGCCAACUCACAUUGGGAAAGACGGGCUUCAUCAUCGCCAUCAACCUCAUGUACGGGAUGGCGUCUCUGUCCAGCACCUUUGCACUGCUGCUCGUCACCGAAUCGGCCAUCAAGGCCAAGCACGUGCAGAAGGUCAGCGGCGUCUACCUGUCCAAUUUCUGGUUCUCGGCGCUACUCUGGGACCUGGUCAACUUCCUGUUGCCGUGCCUCCUCAUGUUGGCAGUGUUCCAGGCCUUCAGCGUGGACGCCUUUGUAUUGGACAACCACCUGGUGGACGUGCUGCUGAUGCUGCUGCUGUACGGCUGGGCCGUGGUGCCGCUCAUGUACCUCCUCAGCUUCCUCUUCUCCUCCGCCGCCACCGCUUACACCCGCCUCACCAUCUUCAACAUGAUGUCCGGCACCGCCACCUUCCUGGCCGUCACCAUCAUGACCAUCCCAGAGUUGAACCUGCAGAACCUGUCCCAUUUACUGGACAAGGUGUUCCUGAUCUUCCCAAAUUAUUGUCUGGGAAUGUCCUUCUCUCAGUUCUACCAGAACUACGAAUUAAUCUCAUUUUGCACGUCCAGCCCAGUCACUCAGGCCAUCUGCAAGUACUUAAAUCUCAAGUACCAACGCAACUACUUCUCCAUGUCCGAGCCUGGCGUGGGACGCUUCCUGGUGGCCUUCUCGAUACAAGGCGUCGUCUUCAUCGUUCUGCUGUUUGUCAUCGAGCUGCAGUGUGUCCGCUCUCUCCGCCGAUUCCUCUCCUCCCUGUGCAGGAGGCGAAAGCAGUUCUCCUUGAUAGGUGAUACAACACUGCUUCCAGAGGACAGAGACGUUGCAGAUGAGAGGAAGCGGGUGCUUGAGUGCCAGCCCAUGGUGGAGUCCAUGGUCGGCAGCCCCCUUAUUCUGCACGAGCUCAGCAAGGUUUACAGCAGCGGACAGCCUCUUCUUGCUGUGGACCGCCUGUCUUUGGCCGUGGGUAAAGGAGAGUGUUUUGGCUUGCUGGGCUUCAACGGCGCCGGGAAGACCACCACCUUCAAGAUGUUGACCGGUGACGAGAGCGUGACCUCUGGGGACGCCUACAUUGACGGAUACAGCAUCUUGAGAGACAUAAAGAAGGUGCAACAGCGCAUUGGAUAUUGUCCUCAGUUUGACGCCGUGUUGGACCAUAUGACGGGCAGAGAAACCCUGAGCAUGUACGCCAGGCUCCGAGGAAUACCCGAGAAGUAUGUGUCGGGCUGCGUGGAGAACGUGCUGAGGUCUCUCCUGUUGGAGCCGCACGCGGAUAAACUGGUGCGCAGCUACAGCGGUGGCAACAAACGGAAGCUGAGCGCCGGCAUGGCUCUUAUCGGUGGCCCUCCAGUCAUCUUCCUAGAUGAGCCCUCCACCGGGAUGGAUCCUGUGGCCAGGAGGCUUCUGUGGGACGCUGUGACACGCACGCGGGAGUCCGGCAAAGCCAUCAUCAUCACUUCGCAUAGUAUGGAGGAAUGCGAGGCGCUCUGCACCAGACUGGCCGUGAUGGUCAACGGGCAGUUCAAGUGCCUCGGGAGUCCGCAGCACCUAAAGAGCAAAUUCGGCAGUGGCUACACGCUGCUGGCUAAAGUGCACGUCGAGGCCGAAUUGGAGGACAGUGACCUGAAGCUUUUUAAAGACUUCAUCGAAAGCACCUUCCCAGGAAGUCAAAUGAAGGAUGAACACCAGGGCAUGGUCCACUAUCAUUUGACAGAUAGGACGCUAACCUGGGCACAGGUGUUUGGCACCUUGGAGACAGCCAAAGAGAAGUACCGCAUCGAGGACUACUGCGUGAGCCAGAUCUCACUGGAGCAGGUCUUUCUCAGCUUCGCUCAGUUCCAACACUGCACUGAAGGCAGGAGGAAGUAAGACCCGUCUGUCCCGACGCCCGUCCGACAUCCGUCCAACAUCCAUCUGUCCCCUUCUGUGCGUGCGCGUGCGCGUCCGUUUGCGUUUAACUGAGUGAGUGAGUGACCAGUCUUGAUGGACUCAUUGCGUCGCACCACUGUUGCGUAACAGACUUGAAGUGGGUUGGCUACUCACCGCGCCCCCUUUUUAUUAUCUUUUUAGUAAGUUCUUAGGCAAUGAUGUCAUGCAUUGCUGGUGAGUUGCGUCCAACAUCAUUUGUGUGUGUGCGUGUGUGUGUUUUAUUUAAAACCUUAUUUUAGGCUAAUGUUUCAAAGGACUUGAAGAAAAAGAAGAACCACUGUUUCAUAUGUUAAUGAUUGUUUCACACCUCAAAGCCUUAUUCUAACCAGUGAGGGUUUUGCUUUGUUUGUUUUUAUCGCCUUUGUCUCAAGCCUCUAAAUGUUGCUCGAUGCAAAAUUAUGUGAUGUGUUCAUGGUACAAAAAAAAAAGUCAGAGGGCAGAGCACUUAAGAGUUGAUUGGGUGUGAGAAUGGGUAAAGAAGAACAUUUUAUUUUGAACGUCCAGUCUAGUACAGUGGAACCUCCAAAGUGGAAUGCGCCUAAAGUGGUACAAAAUAGUUCUCAAAAGGAAGUCGACAGAUCUUGUGAGACUUAAGCUCAGUGAACAUCUGAAUGAUUGACACCAUGAGCUGAUGGAAAA